AUGCUCUCGAGAAACCUCAGCAAGUUUGCUCGAGCCGGUCUCAUCCGGCCAGCAACCACAUCCACACACACCCGACUAUUCAGCGUCUCCGCCCGACGUCUCGCCGAGAUUGAACUCACUAUCGAUGGUCACAAGGUGUCUAUCGAGGCCGGUUCCGCCCUUAUCCAGGCCUGCGAGAAGGCCGGUGUCACCGUCCCCCGAUACUGCUACCACGACAAGCUGGCCAUUGCCGGUAACUGUCGAAUGUGUCUGGUCGACGUUGAGCGAGCCCCCAAGCCCGUGGCUUCUUGUGCCUACCCUGUUGCUCCCGGCAUGGUUGUGCGAACCGACACCGAGCGAGUCAAGCAGGCCCGAGAGAAUGUCAUGGAGAUGAUGCUGCAGAACCACCCUCUCGACUGUCCCGUGUGUGACCAGGGAGGAGAGUGUGAUCUGCAGGACCAGAGCAUGCGAUACGGCCGAGACCGAGGUCGAUUCACGGAAAUUACCGGAAAGCGAUCCACCGAGGACAAAAACAUUGGCCCCCUGGUCAAGACCUCCAUGAACCGAUGCAUCCACUGUACCCGAUGCGUCCGGUUUGCUAACGAUAUUGCUGGCGCCCCCGAGCUGGGUUCCAGUGGCCGAGGAAACGACAUGCAGAUUGGUACUUACCUGGAGAAGAACCUCAACACCGAGCUGUCGGGUAACGUGAUUGAUCUGUGUCCCGUCGGUGCCCUGACCAACAAGCCCUACGCCUUCCGAGCCCGACCAUGGGAGCUCAAGAAGACCGAGUCUAUCGAUGUUAUGGAUGCCGUUGGCUCCAACAUCCGAAUUGACUCCAAGGGUGUCGAGGUGAUGCGAGUCAUCCCCCGAGUCCACGAGGACGUUAACGAGGAGUGGAUCAACGACAAGUCUCGAUUCGCCUGUGACGGUCUCAAGACCCAGCGACUGACCACUCCUCUCAUCCGAGUGGGCGACAAGUUCGUCAACGCCACCUGGGACGAUGCCCUUAGCACCAUUGCCAAGGCAUACCAGCAGAAGGCCCCCAAGGGUGACGAGUUCAAGGCCGUGGCUGGUGCUCUGGUUGAGGUCGAAUCCAUGGUUGCUCUCAAGGACAUGACCAACGCCCUUGGUUCCGAGAACACCACCACCGACACCCCCAACGGCAACUCCGCCCCCGCCCACGGCAUCACUUUCAGAUCCAACUACCUGUUCAACUCUUCCAUUGCUGGUAUUGAGGAUGCCGACGCCAUUCUGCUUGUCGGUACUAACCCUCGACGAGAGGCCGCUGUCAUGAACGCGCGAAUCCGAAAGGCCUGGCUUCGACAGGAGCUCGAGAUUGCCUCCGUUGGCCCCACUCUCGAUGCUACCUUUGACGUUGCUGAGCUCGGUAACACCCACGCCGAUCUCGAGAAGGCUCUGUCCGGCGAGUUUGGUGAGGUUCUCAAGAACGCCAAGAACCCUCUGAUCAUUGUUGGUUCCGGUAUCACUGACCGAGAGGACGCCGGUGCCUUCUUUAACACCAUUGGCAAGUUUGUCGAGUCCACUCCCUCCGUUCUCAAUGAGAACUGGAACGGUUACAACGUUCUGCAGCGAUCUGCUUCUCGAGCAGGUGCCUACGACAUUGGCUUCACACCCUCCGACGAGGCCUCUAAGACCACCCCCAAGAUGGUCUGGCUGCUUGGCGCCGACGAGGUUGCCGCCUCCGAUAUCCCUGCCGACGCCUUUGUCGUCUACCAGGGCCACAACGGUGACGUCGGAGCUCAGUUUGCCGACGUUGUUCUGCCCGGUGCUGCCUACACUGAGAAGGCCGGUACCUACGUUAACACUGAGGGUCGAUCACAGAUUUCCCGAGCCGCCACUGGCCCUCCCGGCGGUGCUCGAGAGGACUGGAAGAUUCUGCGAGCCGUUUCCGAGUACCUCGGCGUUGCUCUGCCAUACGAGGACGCCUACGAGGUGCGAGACCGACUUGCCGAGAUCUCUCCUUCGCUGGUUCGAUACGAUCUGGUCGAGCCUACAGUCUUUGGUGAUGUUGCCGUUCAGCACUCUCUGGUUGGUCCCAACGGCUCUGUCACCCCCUCUUCUGCUCCUCUGACUGAGACUAUCGAGAACUUCUACAUGACAGACUCCAUUUCCCGAAGCUCUCCCACCAUGGCCAAGAGCAGCAUUGCAUUCAACAAAGACAACAAGAAAAACCAGGCUUUUGCCUAA